AUGGCUACGGCUGUCUCUGCGCCUGGCAAGGUCCUGCUCGCCGGCGGCUAUUUGGUGCUCGACCGCGACUUCAAUGGCCUCGUGUUUGGCCUCAGUGCCCGCAUCCAUGUUCUCGUCCGCCCGCUGUCGACGGGCUCCGGCGUUAGCCUCUCCGAGAUAAUUGUCCAGUCGCCUCAGUUCGUCGGCGCGAGCUGGGAAUAUGGCUACAGGCUCGCCGAGUCCGCUGGCGGCAUCGAGGUGACUCAGCUCCAGGCUCGCGCUACAGAAGCACUCCAUCGCAAUCCCUUCGUCGAGACGGCUCUCAGCUAUGCGCUCACCUACAUCUCAGCUAUCACCCCGCAACGCAUUGCGCCGGCCUCGAUAACCAUCCUGGCCGACAACGACUACUACUCCGCCGGCCCUGCCGACGUCCAGCCGCCUGGCGAGCGGUUCAAGAGUUUUAACGUGCCGCUGUGGGAGGCGCACAAGACCGGGCUUGGCUCCUCCGCUGCCCUGGUCACCGCCUUCACCGGCGCAGUGCUGUCUCAUUACCUUCCUGAGAAUGUCUUUUCGCUUGCGACCGACGAAGGGAAGUUGCGGCUGCACAACCUCGCACAAGCUGCCCAUUGCGCCGCCCAGGGCAAGGUUGGCUCCGGCUUCGACGUCGCGUCUGCAGUGUUCGGCUCCUGUCUGUACCGCAGGUUCUCGCCGUCGCUCCUGUCGGCUCAUGGAGAACCCGGCGAAGCUGGGUUCGCCGACGCUUUGAGGGCUCUGGUGGACGACAGUGAGCCUUCGCGCAAGUGGGAUACCGUGAUUACCAAGUCCGCAAUUAAAGUCCCCGAAGGAAUCCGCCUCGUGAUGUGCGACGUCGACUGCGGCUCCCAGACGCCCAGCAUGGUGAAAAAGGUGCUCGCAUGGCGCGCCGAGAAGGCGGACGAGGCAAAUGCGCUGUGGGCGCAGCUGCAGAGGAGCAACGAAGCGCUCGCAGCGGAGCUGGUCGCGCUUGCAGAAAGUAAGAGCCGUGACUACGAGAAGCUAAAGAGCCGCAUCGCAGAUAUCCGGCGGCUGGUCCGAGACAUGUCGCAGCAGUCGGGAGUGCCGAUUGAGCCGGCAGAGCAGACGGCGCUGCUGGACGCGUGCUCGCAAGUGCCCGGGGUCAUUGGCGGCGUGGUGCCAGGGGCGGGUGGGUAUGACGCGGUUUCCCUGCUGAUAGAGGAUCGGCCUGACGUGGUGGAGAAGCUGCAAGGGCUGCUUCGGGGGUGGAAAGCGGAUGCCACGGCUGGAGGAGUGAGCAUUGGGCGCGUGGGCAUGCUGGGCGUGCGCGAGGAGAUGGAGGGCGUGCGGCUCGAGAGCGCGGCGGCGUACGGGCGAUGGGCGCAGUGA